UUGCAAUGAAAACAGGAAGAAAGACACCAUGAGGAAAUAUUGUCCCAAAAUGAAUCACAGAGCGAUGGAUGGAUAUUGUGCGGUGGAAUGAGUUGUGGACACAGCGAAUCAGCCGACAGCCGAUGGAAGAGAUCGAGGCGUUGGCUUUUCAGAGAGAAAGAGAGAGAGAAUAAGAGUUCGAUGAGCUGAUUUCUGUGUUGUUCGUCUCAUAUGAUGGAACGGGCGAUGGAGCAUUUUAAUGUACAGCUGAAUCGACUGACGCGUUCCCUGCGUCGCGCGAGGACCGUGGAACUCCCCGAAGACAGUGAAACCGCUGUGUACACACUCAUGCCCAUGGUCAUGGCGGACCAGCACAGGUCAGUUUGUGAAUUGCUUUUAAACUCAAAGUUUGAUGUCAACUACGCCUUUGGACGUGUUAAAAGAAGCCUUCUACACAUUGCUGCCAAUUGUGGAUCAGUAGAGUGUCUCGUCCUGCUGUUAAAGCGUGGAGCGAAUCCGAACUAUCAGGAUAUCUCCGGCUGCACACCUCUGCAUCUGGCUGCCAGAAACGGACAGAAGAAGUGUAUGGGCAGACUGUUAGAGUUCAAUGCUGAUGUUAAUAUCUGCAAUAAUGAAGGUCUCACUGCUAUCCAUUGGCUGGCAGUGAAUGGCAGGACCGAGCUUCUUCAUGACCUGGUCCAGCACGUGUCCAAUGUGGACGUGGAGGACGCCAUGGGCCAGACAGCCUUACACGUGGCCUGCCAGAACGGACACAAGACUACAGUGCAGUGUCUUCUGGACAGUGGAGCGGACAUCAACAGGCCCAAUGUGUCUGGAGCGACUCCUCUCUACUUCGCCUGCAGUCACGGUCAGAGGGACACGGCUCAGAUUCUGCUGCUCAGGGGAGCCAAGUAUCUGCCCGACAAGAACGGGGUCACGCCGCUGGACCUGUGUGUGCAGGGUGGUUAUGGUGAGACGUGUGAGAUCCUCAUCCAGCACCACAGCAGACUCUUUCAGACGCUCAUACAGAUGACCCAGAACGACGACAUUAAAGAAAACAUGCUACGGCAGGUUCUAGAAUAUGUUUCUCAGCAAAACGACUCGAACUACCAGAGUAUCCUGACCAGCUUGGCGGACGUGGCCACCACAAACGGACAUAAACUGCUGAGCUUGUCCAGUAACUUUGAGGUCCAAACAAAGAGUUUUCUCCGGAUUAUCCGGAUCUUCUGUCAUGUGUUCUGCCUGGGACCGUCCUCCCCGAACAACGGGAGUGACAUGUGCUACAACGGGAACAAGACGCCCCGUAGCCAGGUGUUCAAGCCUCUGGAGCUGUUAUGGCACUCUCUUGAUGAAUGGCUGGUCCUCAUCUCCACUGAGCUGGAGAAGGAGAGCACAGACGCAUCGCCCUCAUCCUCAGGAAAUGACAUCGCCUCACUUUUCCUGAAAAAGCAGGAGGCGGACCCCUCGGGAUCCAGCGAAAGUGCCCCGCUGUUACUGGACGCCAGCUCCGUGAUGAAGACACCAGAGGGGUACGCCGACGGUCAGGACGUCAUCUCGAUGAUAGCCAAUCGCCUGAGCGCCGUGAUCCAGGCCUUCUACAUGUGCUGUUCCUGUCAGAUGCCUCAUGGCAUGACCUCUCCUCGAUUCAUCGAGUUCGUCUGUAAACAUGAUGAAGUACUCAAGUGUUUUGUGACAAGGAAUCCCAAAAUUAUCUUCAACCACUUCCACUUCCUGCUGGAAUGUCCUGAACUCAUGUCUCGCUUCAUGCAUAUUAUCAAAGGCCAGCCAUUUAAAGACAGGUGUGAGUGGUUUUACGAACAUCUUCUGGCGGGACAGCCCGACUCGGAUAUGGUUCACCGGCCGGUUAAUGAAAAUGAUAUUCUUCUUGUUCACAGAGACUCUAUAUUCCGCAGCAGCUGCGAGGUUGUGUCGAAGUCCUCCAAUGAGAAGCUCAAGCAAGGCAUUGCCGUGCGGUUCCACGGUGAAGAGGGAAUGGGUCAGGGUGUGGUCAGAGAGUGGUUUGACAUUCUGUCCAAUGAGAUCAUCAACCCGGACUAUGCGCUGUUUACACAAUCUGCCGAUGGUACCACGUUUCAACCCAACAGUAAUUCCUCUGUAAAUCCAGACCAUCUGAACUACUUCCGAUUUGCUGGUCAAAUCCUGGGUCUGGCUCUCUAUCAUCGACAGCUGGUGAACAUCUACUUCACACGCUCCUUUUACAAGCACAUACUGGGCAUCCCAGUGAGCUAUCAGGAUGUGUCGUCCAUUGACCCAGAGUAUGCUAAAAAUCUUCAGUGGAUCCUGGACAAUGACAUCAGUGAUCUUGGCCUUGAGCUCACCUUUUCCGUGGAGACGGAUGUGUUCGGAAACAUGGAAGAGUUCCCGCUCAAACCAGGAGGAACUGCCAUUCAGGUCACCCAAGACAACAAGGAGGAGUAUGUGCAGCUGGUGACGGAGCUCAGGAUGACCCGAGCCAUUCAGCCGCAGAUCAAUGCUUUCCUGCAGGGCUUUCACACUUUCAUCCUUCCCUCGCUCAUACAGCUCUUUGAUGAAUAUGAGCUGGAGCUGCUGUUGUCAGGCAUGCCUGAAAUCGAUGUGAUGGACUGGAAGAGGAACACAGAGUACACUAGUGGAUAUGACCUGCAGGAGCCUGUGAUACAGUGGUUUUGGGAAGUGGUUGAAAAUCUCACUCAAGAAGAAAGAGUCCUCCUCCUGCAGUUUGUUACAGGAAGUUCAAGAGUCCCUCACGGAGGAUUUGCUUUCCUGAUGGGCGGCAGUGGUCUCCAGAAGUUUACUAUCGCCGCUGUGCCCUACACAUCAAACCUACUGCCUACCUCUAGCACAUGCAUUAACAUGCUGAAACUCCCAGAAUACCCCAGCAAGGACGUCCUGCGUGAUCGUUUGCUGGUUGCACUGCAUUGUGGGAGUUACGGAUACACCAUGGCGUGACGCGGGCGUUUGCGUUUGCUGAGACUUCUGCUGUAUGGACACACAACGCACACACGACUCAGUUCAGGGAUUCUUUAAAUUU